CCAUUCCUUCUCCUUCCAAUAAAAACCCUUUUCCUUUUUCGUUUUUUCCUUCCUCCCAACGGGUCACCGCCCGGAAAACCGAUGGCGGCUUCCUGUAACCUUUUCCAACUCCCCUUCGCUAAGAGCCCCGCCUUCCCCUCCCUUCGCCCAUACAACCUACCCACCUUUUCCCGCCACUUCUCCCCACUCUGCUCCACAUCGCUCCUCCUCCGGCCGUCGGCCACGGCGGGGGGGCCGAUCGACUCGGCUGCCGCCGCCGUGGAGCCGGCCCUGAGGCAUGCGAACCUGCUCUUCUUCAAGUCGGGCUACAACGUCCAGAUCGUGGUGGACGAGGGCGAGCCGGAGGAGGGCCUUCUGCGGCGGUUCCGGCGGGAGGUAGCCAAGGCUGGUGUGAUCCAGGAGUGCAAGCGGCGGAGGUUCUUCGAGAACAAGCAGGAGGAGAGGAAGCGGAAGGCUCGUGAAGCCAGUCGAAGGAAUCGGAGGAGACGAUCAGGGCCAAGAUCCUUAUCGUCAUCCUCCUCAUCAUCUUCAUCAGCAGUAGAUGGUGAUGCUGCUUCUAAAAAGACUGCAGAUGACUUAGAUGACAACUGGGAUCUGCCUGAGGGUGACCUUCCUUACUGAAAGUUGGAUGCAUCUUUUCUCAGUUCUUAUGAAUGCAGUUUUUGUAUGGGCAAUUAAUGGUUCUCAUGAAUUGUACUGUUUGCUGUUCCUCUGACAUCUGCGUCUUCAAUGGCAUGGCUGAUGUCACAGAGUUAUCAAGGGCCUUGUCUGAGUUCUUACACAAAUUUUAUGAGGUUCAAGUUUUAGAGUUGUACUUAUUACUAAAACUUGAUAGAAAUUGUACUCUGAGCAUUUCUGUUGUUCACAAAUCAUGUUUUCUUGUGUUUUUUUCUCUCUUUUCCUUUGAAUUAGCAAUUAUAGCCCACUUAUCU